GUGAUUGCCUGGGAAACAUACAUUUAGCGCCAUUUUGCUUGUGCUUAGGAAAGACAGGGAAGGUUUUUUCGGGUUUUACAACAGCCGUUUAAGUAGACUGAACUUGUAAAAGUACAUCAAUGAAGUGGGAAUACAAGGAAGAGCAUCCUUUUGAAAAGAGACGGGCAGAGGGAGAGAAAAUUCGGAAGAAAUACCCCGAUAGAGUUCCGGUCAUUGUGGAAAAAGCACCCAAAGCAAGGAUUGGUGACCUAGAUAAAAAGAAAUAUCUGGUUCCUUCAGAUCUGACAGUGGGACAGUUUUACUUCUUAAUUCGCAAGAGGAUUCAUUUGAGACCCGAGGAUGCCUUGUUCUUCUUUGUCAUUGCCAGUGGUCUUUCUGUUGUAAAUUGUGGAAGACUCUGGCAUUUAAAAUUAAGUGGAGGUGCUGUGGUCAUUGUGGAAAAAGCACCCAAAGCAAGGAUUGGUGACCUAGAUAAAAAGAAAUAUCUGGUUCCUUCAGAUCUGACAGGUUGGGUAAUCAUUGAUGUUAAAGUACUGACUUUCAAACUCACUGGAGCACUGCAAAGUACUCUUUACUUGAUGCACAGUACUAUUUAG